AUGAAAGAACAUGAAAACUUAGAAAGACUUAAACAAAAAUUAAAUGCAUUUUUUAUUAUUUUCCGAAAAGAUGAAGAGAAUGAAAUAAAAAAAUAUUUUAAGAGAAAUUACUUGAUUAAUAUUAUAAAAAAUUGCAAAACAUCACCACAAUCAACAGAUAUAACAACAAAUAAACCUAGUAUUUUAAUGAUAAAUAAAUUAAAUAAUAAUACAAUGAAAUCAUUUAAUAUUUUUAAUAAAUUUAAAGGUAAGGACACUGUAGAAAAAAGAAAAGAUUUCAUUAAUAAGAAUAUGUUAAAAAACAAACAAAUGAUGUACAACUACAAUCAUUUUUUUUCUCAAACUUAUAUAUACUCCAAAUAUUUUCAAAAUAUAUUAAAUAAGAAUGUUCUAACUAACAUAACUGAUAAUGAUAAGGGCAUAGAUGAAUUAGAAAAUGAAUAUGUAAUAGUACAUAAAGUUUACACAAUAAUUCAAGAAGAUAAUAGUACAUUCAUAUAUAUAUAUUAG